AUGCCCGACAAACGCAAACCGUCUAUUUCAGCAUCUGGUGCUUCGCCUUAUGCGAAACGAUCUCGCGCCUCGUACGCCGACGAGGAGGAUGAAGAGGAGACGCCGCGGACGGUAACGCCUUACGAGCGCCCUCGCAACCAUCCUGUCUAUGGACAGAAAAGCGCAUUUCCCGGCCUCGACACCGCCGGCGAUGACGAGCUGUUCUACGGACCAGCGGAAGAUGGAUUGGAAUAUCUGCGAAUGGUCCGGUGGGUCGAUGCCUGCUUGGCUGGUUUAGUAAUAUCCGAAGCCAAUUCCCUCCCUUUCCUGUUCAAUGCGCCACCAGCCACGACCUCGAUCGCAACAGAGACUACGAACCCUGAUGUCAGCACAGACAUGACGAACCAAACAGAGCAGCCACAUCCUCAAGCCACCGCUACUACUACUGCCGUAACUGCUACCACCACAACUACCACAACAACCACCACCACCACCUCUCCCCCCACUCUCCGCGAGGGAAUCUACCAAGAUGGCGUCUAUUUCGUCCCCACCCCCGACGACAGCAAACCCGCCACCGGCCCUUCAACGACCACACCAUCAUCGUCCCACCACCAACAACCCUCCGAUCUGGAAAUUCUCCCCGCCCAAUCAACAUAUUACACCCUCCUGCACCACCGCUUCCUCCUCCUCCGCUCCAUCCUGAAAUGCACCCCGCCGCCGGACGCCAUCGCCGCGCUGGACCACGACCACCCGAUCUCGCUCCCGCGGCAUUCCCGGAAUGCGCGCCGCGAGUGGCGCCGGUUGCUGCUGGCGGUGGACCCGCAGACGGUGCAGCUGGCGUGCAUGGACAUGGAGAGCGUGCUCGGCGUGCUGGGGAUCAUGGCCCGGGUGAUGUCGGAGAAUGUGCGCAGCGGGGACGAGGCCAAGGUCCGGCGGAUCGCGGCGUGGGCGUGGGGCUUGCUGGCGCGGUGUCGGGAGGUGGGCCAGUUGGGGACGGAGGAGGUGGGCGAGAUUCGGGAUUUGGGGAAGAGGGCGGUUAGGGUUUUGGGGAGGAUGAGGGAGGUGGAGGGGGGGGAUGGGAGGAAGGGGGGUGGUGAGGAUGAGGAGGAGCAUGGAGAGGGAGAGAUGGAGGGGGAGGGGGAAGGAGAGGGAGAGGGUUCUGGCACAGGCAAUGGGGUCGAGGGUGAUCUGGAGAUGCGGGAUGCAGAUGUAGACGUAGAUGCCAAUGCGGAUGCGGAUGCUGACGCUGACGCAAGUGCUCCGCAAGCUGACCUUGGUGAACUAGAAGCUGCCAAGGCACGGUUACAGGCGAGUCUUGGAGGCGAUGGCGCCGCUGAUGCUGAGGUACCGAACGACGAUGCAGACGGCAACAGCGCUGCGUCGGAGGUGGCACUGCAAAUUCGCGCGAUGUUGGAUAUGGUCAUCACGGUGGUUGGGGAGUACUACGGCCAGCGGGACUUGUUGCAGGCGCGCGACUACAAACCCACCAUGGCGCCGCCUGUAGAAAUCGCCAUCCCCACGACCAGCAUCUCCACCACCUCGCCCCCCUUCACAAUCUACAACAUCACCCUCCGCCUCCCCCUCCGCUCCUUCACCAUCUCCAAACGCUACUCCGACUUCACCACCUUCCACACGACCCUGCUCAACCAAACCAACGCCGCGCCCCCAGCCCCUCUGCCACCGAAAUCCUGGCUCUCCUCGACCGUCAAGAACGCGACCCUCCGCGAAUCCCGCCGGCAAGCCCUAGAAACCUACCUCCGGGCCAUCAACGAAGCGGCCGACCCGCGAUGGCGCAAUUCGCCCGCCUGGCGCGCAUUCCUCAACCUUCCGAGCCUGGGCCCUAACGCCAACCCCCUCAACGACCAUCACAGCAACAGCAGCACGACGAGCGCGCGACUCCACGCCGCCAUCACAGACCCGGGCAGCAUCACGUCGCUGACCGGGGACGCUCCGAACAACACCAUCACGGACCCGACCCUGUGGCUCGACUGCUACCGCGACAUGAAGGGCCAUCUGCACGACGCGCGGCUGCACCUGACCCGGCGCGACCAGGAGACCACGCCGCAGCGGCAGCACGAGAGCUCGGCGCGGGCGAAGAGCAGUCUUGUGCGCGCGGGGUCGCUGAUCGCGGCGCUGGAGGCGGGCCUCAAGAACUUUUCCGGCACCACCACCACAAGUGGCGGCUCCACCACCACCGGCCAAUCCUCCGGGGAAGGCUCACACCCCCGCCUCGGCGACGGCGAGCUCCGCCGCCGCCGCGACCUGCUCAUCAACGCGCGCAAGGAAAAGGACGGGCUGGAGGAUCUGCUGAACGCGAUGGCCGCCAAGAGCCGCAUCGACUCCGCCGUGGCGUCCAUCCAGGACAAGGAGGCGCUGAUGCAUCUGCCGGUCAAGGGGAAGAAGGCGAUGCGGGCGGCCGGGCGCGUGCUCGGGCGCGAGACGGAGCGCACCCGCGAGCUGGAUAAUACCGGGGUGCUGCAGCUCCAGAAGCAGAUGAUGCAGGAUCAGGAUGGCGCCGUCGAGGAGUUGAUGCGCAUCGUGCAGCGGCAGAAGGAGCUGGGCGUCGCGAUUAAUAAUGAGUUGGUCGUGCAGAAUGAGUUGCUCAAGUUGACGGAUGAGGAUGCUACGAGGUUGGGCGAUAAGAUUGAUAUCGGGAAGAAGAGGAUUGGGAGGAUCUCUUGA